AUGGGCCGUGGAUAUUUUGCUAUUCUGAGGGAAGAGAGUGCAAUGAAAAAGAAGCAACAGCAACUUCAGAAACUGAAAGAGGAAGAAAAAAAUAAAUUCCAGCCAGCCAAAAAGACCUCAGAAAUCCCCUAUGGGGACACCUUAUUGGGGGUCCUGUCCACGGAAUCAUAUAAUACAGGUAUUGAUCGACUUAUGACCUAUGCAACUUACGACCAUUCGACUUUACGACCACAAUCGCUAGCCACGACAGUGCGGACCAGCUUCCGGCAGCACUACCAUCUCCACGUGCACCAUUUCAACUGUUAUCCCAGACUCGACCGACAAACUAUGCAGGGAAAAAAGAAAGUCAAGCACAUCCCCAAAGAUUUCUGCCUGCAAGCAGUCUUUCCCACUGUGCUCAGUGACCUCGUUUUUCAGCUGCAGAUUCAGCUGAAAAGCACCUAUGACGAUGUGAAGCUGAAGAAGCUGGGAGCUGGAGUCACACGUCGCCCGUUCACUCCCAUCCACAGCUGCCUCAUUUCUCCCUUGCUACCCGAGGCUCACAUCGAGCCCCUCUUCCGCCAGCUCUGUGCUCUCCACUGGCUUCUGGAGGCCCUGACUAUCGACCACACCCACCACACCAUGAAGCCUGUGAUCACCUGCUGGAAUCCAAAGGACCCAGGGGGAAGCAAGAGCACCAUUAAAAAAAUCAAUAAGGACAAGUCCAUGGGACAGAAGUGGGAGCAUUUCGUCACUGCACCAAAGACCAAAAAAUUCAAAACUCCUGCGAUGCGGGUCACCAGCCGAAAACCAAGCCGGCGAAGCUCCACGCUCAGUCUGAGUCGGACCAGUGGGGGGUCCUCUCCCCAGAGCAGCAUGCUCUCUGUGAACCCUGGCUCAGAUGAGCCCCCGAGUGUGAACAACCAGGUGACCAGCAGCAAGGACAUUGAGGACAAUGAGUCAUCUUCAACCAAGCCAGAUGAAGAAGCUCUGCAUAUAAAUCUACAGAAGCUCCUGGAGAUGGUUCGGGAGGAUGCCCGGAGGUCAAUCAUGAUAGAAAAUGGGAUGCAAAGAAAAGCACCCAGCAUCUUGUCAGUACUGAAACAAAACAAGAGCAAUUCUGCCUAUAAGGAAAUGCAGACCACCCACAAGUCAAGUGAGAGAUCCAGCAGUACAAGUGCAGAAAGCCACACCCAGCCAGUCCAGAAGAAGUCUAAAAACCGCACUAAUUAUGACAUCAACAUCCAAUACAAGAGUGGGGUGUGUAACACCAUGAGGGCCAAGUUUUACAGCGUAGCCCAGGAGGCUGGCUUCUGCCUGCAGGACAAGAUGGAAAUCCUCAUGAAGCGCCAAGAAGAGAGAGGUGUCCAGAAGUUCCGUGCUUUCGUCCUUGUCUCAAAUUUUCAAAAGGACAUAGCAAAAAUGAGACAUCAAGUAUCUGUAGUAAAAGGAGAUGCAGAAGAAAUUGCAGACCACUGGUACUUUGAUCUGUUGUCCAAACUGCCAGAGGAUCUAAAGAACUUCCGGCCUGCCAAAAAGAUCCUAGUGAAACUGCAGAAGUUUGGGGAAAACCUGGACCUGCGGAUUCGACCCCACGUCCUCCUGAAGGUGCUGCAGGAUCUGAGGAUUUGGGAACUGUGCUCCCCUGACAUUGCUGUGGCUAUUGAGUUUGUACGAGAACACAUCAUCCAUAUGCCUCAAGAGGAUUACAUCAACUGGCUGCAGAACCGGAUCAACAUACCCAUCGGGCCCUAUGGCACCCUGACGUAGGCUGGGCCUGGGUUGACCAGCUGUUGCGGUGGAGGAGGGUUUACCUAUAUCAUGCUCCUGUAUCCUUCCUGUGUUCCUGCCUCCUGACUACCCUCAUGGAUGCUCUUUAUGGAUGACCUUUUAUAGUAGGGUCAUCUGGAGACUGACCUCCGGCAACAUUUUAAAGGGGGAUGGUCCCAGGUGGCCUUCCUCUAAAUUCUACACCCCAGACACAACCUACCAGUCUCUUUUCUUCAAUGGUCCAGCCUGAAUCUACCUUCUUCCUCUUCAGAUUUCUUCACCCUAUUUAUCUUCCUCAAAUACUGGAGAAUAAAAUUGAACUGAA